AUGCGGUUAGCGGUCGUAUUAGCCACCAUCUACACGGCGAUUGCGAUGCCAUCGCGACGGAAUGAGUCUUCAUCAGAAUCGAUGGAAGACUAUGAGGAUGGUGAGACAUGGGAAUGCGGUACGGACGCCUUUAGCAAGUACAUCAGCGAGAAUCAAAUCGAACUCGAUUGUCCACACUCAUGUAAAGCUAGGAAAUCGUACAAGUUUGUCAUUUGUGGGACCAUAGUCGUCACUAAAGGGUCGAAAGUAUGCAAUCAAGAAAACAGUCCCCUAUUUUGCGGUAUGGUUCGAGAAUUCGGUCUCGAGGCGUAUCUUCGAUCAGGAAAUAACACUUCCUCUAAUGCUACACUAAUUGAAGAACCGCAGGAACCCACUAAACUAGCGACCGCUAACCGUUCCAAACACGACUCUAAUGAUUACGAUUACGAAUCGGCAGUAAGCGUUAACGACACAGUCGCCGAAAACUCACAUUUGAAAGGCGUUGAUCUCUUGGAUGGCAUACUGAAAUCACAUCAAUAA